AUGCCAAAUCCAACUGAGAUCCUGAUUGAGAAACUUGAGCUCAAACUUCUCUUUCGCGAAAGAGUAUUUAUAAAAUGGGAAGAUGAAUCGGGUACACCUUGGACACUAGGCUCUCGUCCGAAUCGCAACAAGCAAAACCUCAACUUUUUUAUGGGUGUAUAUUAUGAUAUAAAAGGAAACAUCCAUAUCCACUUUUCUAUUACAAUAUCUGUCACAAUUGCAGGCAGAAAGCGGAAAAUGGAGAUGUUAUUCAUUGUUCCUCCAGAUGCCGACUUUGCAAAUACUUCUAAGCCUCAUCUAAUAUCGGAUAUCGAUGAUUUAUCUCGACUCGAUGCUUCUGCUAUUCACGAAGCCGAAAUCAGUCAUUCAGUACAUAUCAUCUGCAUACAAUUCAAUUUAACUACGAAAGGGUUUGUCGUCAUAAAGAAGAAGGACACUAACACACCUCUUAAGCCUCGGGGUAUCAUUUCAACGAAAUUGAUUUGUGGUCUUGAAUCUCUAUCUAAUACGAAGACAUUCACUGUAUAUAUCAAGCCAAAUGAUUAUGCAUUGAUGGGCCUGGAAGAUCUUCGUAAUCGCCUGAGCAACACUAGUAUUCCCAUCGAUAUACCCAAAAUCAAUAUGAAGGAAAUAUACAUUCAACACACACCUGAGUUGAUGGAAUGGAAGGGACGUGACCCAAUAUCACUACCACCACCAUAUACUGAGAAUCCUCGGCUAUCUUCGAAAGUACAGGUUCCCCUACCACCAAUCAUUUCCGAGGAAGUGCGGGUUCCUGUAUCGCCGCCAAUCAUUUCCGAGGAAGUGCAGGUUCCCGUAUCUCCGCCAAUCAUUUUCGAAGAGGCAACGCCAUUGAUUAAUACUAUCGAAGCAGCGAUUCCAGAAACACCAGCUCGAACCCCAACUAGUCCUACCUCUACAUCGUUGCAUGGCAUUUUCUCUCCUAGCCAUGAAGAGUUGUCAGGUAGUCAAAUCAGCUUGAACGAUAUCGAAGAGGAUUCGGAACAUAUCGAGAUGAACUUUGAUGUAGAUUCGGAUGAGGAACAACUCGCUAUCCUCAACUCUCGAGAAUUAAAUCAGCAAUUAGAUAAUGAUUCAAAAGUGACGCAAAUACUUAAUUCAAAGUUGUCGAUAUGGAUGCGAACAUUUAUACGAAUAAAUCCAAAUGUUCACGAACACAAACGCUUGACUAUCAAGUUAUCAGUUCUUGGUCGUUGCAUUCGUAUAUCAAAUGUUAAAGUAUUUGAUGCCACUUUACUCUGGUGCUCUGCGCUACUUUUCUACGAUCCUUUCGAUUCUGAUCCUGAUAAUAUCUUCGGAUUAUGGGAGAAGAGAAAUUCUUGGCUUAUUUCAGAUAUAGCUAGAUUGAUUCAAUGGGCUAAUAGAAUUCAUCAUGGUGUGGAGCUAAGUUCGUUGUUGAAACAUUUUAUGAAACUGGGUGAUGCUGCUCGUACUGUUGCUCUGGAUACUAGAUGCACCAAAGACAAGUAUUAUGAUCAGAAAAGUGAUUGUAUUGUUUGUGUGUUGGCGGAGUUUAGCAAGCUGGGUAAUGAUAGUGGCGGUAGUUGUAAUAUCAGUAAAGAGAGCAAAUCUCUUUCUCGAACAAGCUUGGGGGGGAGGGACAGCAGUGCGUCUAAACGAGUAAAAAUGUAA